AACUGUAAUGCGUUUAGUCCUGUAUGUCCGAAUCAGCUGCAAAGAAUGCUCUUCUCGAGACACCGUAGUUUGAAGUGCGGAAAUAUGACAUUCUCUGGGCGAACUGAGGAAAAGUUGACAAACAAGUUCGCUGUCAUGUGAGCAAGAAGAGGCACCACCAUAGUUGGACGACAAAUUCGACUCCGUGUCGCCUUGUCUCAAACUCCACCUCGCUCUAAACCAUGAGCAGCAUGGAGGAAGUGGCCGAAGAGGAUGCACCCGAGGAUGCGCCGGAGGAUGCGCCCAAGGAAGGGGACGUGUGGGGAUCGUCGGUGCGCUGCCUGGGAUACCUGUCUAGUCUGAACCUAAUGGUGGCUGUCUGCUUGGGCAUGUACGUGCGCUGGGAGCUCUCCUCUGAGCCCAUGAUCCUGGUCAUCUUCAUCCUGGGCCUAUUCGUCCUAGGUAUCGCCAGCAUCCUCUACUACUACUUCUCCAUGGAGUCGGCCAGCAUCAGUCUCUUCUACCUGUGGUUCGGCUUCCUCCAGGGCCUCCUCUGCUUCCUCAACAGCCCUGCGCUGGACGCCGAGGUCAAGGAGCAGGUAACCAAUUACCUCCUCCUGGCCAGCGUGUCUGCCCGCGCCCUCUGGGCGGUGACGGAGCGCAUCGGGGGCAGCGUCCGCUACCGGCCGACGCUCCUCACCUCCGAGGAGAUGCUGGAGCUGCUAGGCUUCGCCAUCGCCAGCACCACCUUGCCGCUGGAGAAGUCGGCCGCGCUCCUGGCACUGGUGCUGGCCCUGGCUGCCACAGUGGUGGACUUGCGCAUGAAGUCCCUUCUGGCCCUGCCCAAUCUGGUUUGCUUCGCCGUGGUCACCUCGGCCUUCUUCUUCAAGGCCAUGAGCGUCCGCACCAAUCCGUUCGCGCUCGGCUGCUACCUGGGCCGACUGCUGUGCGACCCCCUGCUGGAUGUCUACUUCAGUGGCCUGCCGCCGACCGACCGCUGGCGCCCGUUUCUCUCGCUGGGCCGCCUCUGGAGGAAGCUGUCCCUGCUGCCGCUGGCCCUGCUCGAGGGGGCCUUCUUCGGGCUGUGCGCCAUCAAGCUGGGCCACCUGGAGCUGUGGUACCUGGUCAUCCCGGGCUUCUGCGUGUUCGGGCUCUUCUGGGUGCUGUGCCACGCCGUGUUCCUGGCCUCCCUCUGGGGCUUCCACUCCAAGCUGGACGAGUGCCAGAAGGCCCACCGCGCCCAGGCGUCCGAGCUGCGGCCGCUCGACCGCGUCAUGGGCGCUCGGGGCAUGCGCCACUUCUGCCUGGUGUCCGAGAGACUGGUGUUCUUCAGCCUGCUGUCCACAGCCAUUCUGGGUGCCGUGUCCUGGCAGCUCUCUAACGGGCUGUUCAUGGGCGUGUUGCUGGUGGUGCUGCCGUUAGAAUCCCUGGCCCACGGCCUCUUCCAUGAGCUGGGCGGCUGCCUGGGAGGCACCUGUGCUGGAUACGCCAUAGUCAUACCCACCAGCUACUACAGUGCUGAUGGCCAGCUGGUCCUCCUCCCCCCGGAGCAGGUACAGGAGCUGAACGCGCGCUCUACCGCCGCCCUGUCGGCCUUGCAGCGCCUCUUCUCGCACCACCUCAUCCACACGUUCGGCUGCGACUACUCCACCAGCGGCCUGAGCCUGGAGGCCCUGCUGGUCAAGCUCAGGACUUUCCUGGAGCUGCGCACCCCCGAGGGGCCGCGCCACGACACCUACCUGCUCUACUACAGCGGGCACACGCUGCGCACUGGAGACUGGGCACUGGCAGGUGGGGACACGUUGCGGAUGGACCAGCUGCUGGAGCUGUGGCGGGAGCGCAACGCUGGCCACUGCUCACGCCUCAUCCUGGUCCUGGACACGGACCACUCCCAGCCCUGGGUCCGUGCCGUGCGGCGCGUCGAGGGCCUCUACAUCGCCGUGCAGGGAGCCCAGCUCCAUCCGACCGCCGCCUCCGCCAGUAACCGCUCCGGCGACCUGGAGGCCGGCGAUCCUCUCCUCAACAACGACGUCUCGGCGUCGCCACCAUGCCUGGGUGACUUCACGAAAGCCUGGGUCGACUACAACUGCAGCGCCACCGUCGCGGAGGGCAACGGCCGGCCCUGGGCGGAGCAGGCGGGCGCCCGCGGCAUCGAGGCGGACUACGGCGUGUCUAAGCCCUGGGCCGACUUCUCGCUGCACCUGCCCACGGGCAGCGACAUGAGCCGCCACUGGGAGGCGCACUUCCCGCGGGCCACCUACCCGGCGCUGGCCGUGGCUAACUGGUGCUGCGCGCUGCAGCCGUUCUGGGCGUGUGGCGCCUGCCUCCGCUGCUUCCGCCGCUUCAAGCUGGCCUGGUGUCCACCCAGUGUGCUGGACACGGGACAGGGCAUACGCCUGGUGCGCUCCUGAGGACUGUUUCUCACACACACACACACACACACACAGACAUAGAACAGGGCAUCUCACUAGUGUGCUCAAGGAAAGAAACAUCCAACUAGUCUGCUUCUGAAUGCAGGUGCUGUUAUAUGUGUGCCAACUCUGAUUGACUGCACCUUAAUGUUAGGCCAAACACCUAAGGACCCCCCCCCCCACCACCACCACCACCACCACAUACACAGACACACACAUACACGCAUUCACACACACACCAAACACACACACACCAGGCUGUCAGCUACUGUGACAUUGACACGCUGUGACCUUUGCCAGAGCCAUCUUGCCAUAUUUUUAUCGCCAGACUUUAAUUGUUGUUACAGAUGGCCAACACACCCUCUCAUAAACACACACACACACACACACCGACAUGAAGCACAUACACACACAAACAGACAAACCACAGUUUUGUACUCAAGCAUACAUGUAAAUCCAUGCACACAGAACCACAUGCCUUCAACACGUCACUCUUUCAACUUGACACACACACACACAUACACACGCGCGUGCUCACACAUACAGAGACUCAGAGACACACUGGUUCCCCAGUGGUAAGCUCUUGUUUACGGUCUAUCGCUCCUAUUGGUCUUCUCUCUCUCCGUGUAAUGUUAGAUUCUCCUCUGUGCCUUCUGCUUCUGCUCUGUCUGAACAAUCAGAAAAGGGUGUCUAUACUGCCUUACACACACACACACACACACACACACACACACACACACACACACACACACACACACACACACGAAAACAUUAUCCUGGAUGUACAUUCCCAUUCUUUUCUCCAAGGCCAGAUCUACAGCCUUUCUUUAUUUCUCUUUAAUGUUGGAGCCAUUCCCAUGAGCCAAGCCUUUUAUUGUAUGCCUUUAUGUGUUAAAGGUUGUGUUGUUUAAAAACCUUCUAAGGGAAGCCAAAUGUUUGAUGAUGCCUUUGUUUUUUUCCCCCAUGAAAAUAACAGUUUUAUGCUGUUUUUUUCCCCUACCUCCUGGGUCACUUGAGGUAGCAUAUAAACCAGUAUUUGCUCAAGGAGAUGUCCUGACACAAAGGUCAACAUGCAGAGAGAGACAGAGAGAGGCAUGGGUUAUCUCUUUAAUUUGUACGAGCCACUAUGACACUUUCCCUUCUGUCGACUGGAUUCUCCCGGUUCACAAAAAAGAUUAGCGGUUUCCUG